GGCAAGGAGGGCAAGGAGGGCAUGGAGGGCUUCGUGGUGGUAUUACUGUACUCCCGUCAUGGCCGUUGACGGCAGGAGUUGGUCGUUCCGCUCCGCGCAGUGCUGUGCGCGCCAGUACGACGUUAGGGUCUGUAGGUCGGGUUCCAGAUGCAGCGCAAUCAAAUAAUGCCUCCUCUUCCUUGCCUUUUCCUGCCCCUCUGGGAUGCGGCCUCCCUUGCAUCUUUCUGGGCGGCAUGGGCCAAUAAAUGGCACCGAGGUCGCUCCUGACGGGUCCUGUUCGUCGACCGUGGGAUGCGACGCUCUCAUGGUUGGUGGUCUCCCCUGCAGCUGCAUAUUGGAGCGUCACCUGUCACUGGACAGACGAGGGUGAACUUCUGUAUCCAGCAUGGCUUCACUGUGGCCCGAACGUGGCUCGAGAACCGAUCCGAUGGGGCCGGUGUUCUUCUUCUGCCCUAGACGGUGGGAACUGGGAAAUCGAGAGUGAGAGAGGGGCCUAUCACCGAGGGGCUGAGCUUGUGACCAACAGUAGCACCCAUCAUCGUGGCCCUCAUCUUCGGGGCUUCGUUUGGUGGAUUUGUGCGUAUCCACUGUGCUGCAUAUCGUGGGCAAAGUCCACCGACUGGUGACAAGAAGGGGAGAAAUCCUCGGGCAGAUUGGCACUUCUGGCGGUAGAAGACGCGACGGGAAGGGCUAGAACCUAGAACCUGGAACCCAGCAUUGCGGACGGCGGUGGGC